AUGUACUUUUUUCAGGAGGACCCAAAUGAUAUCGACCCCAAAAGGAAAGACGUGCGUGGCAGUGACAGGGAGGACAAAGCACAAAGCGUGGAGACGCUACCUCCAGGAAAGGUUCGGUGGCAAGACUUUGAUCAGGAUGCUUAUGUCGGCGCUACCGUGGUGCGGUCUGGGCAGGAUCCGUACGCCCGCAAUAAGUUCAAUCAGGUUGAAAGUGACAAACUGCGGAUGGACCGAAGCAUUCCUGACACCAGGCAUGACCAGUGCCAGCGGAAACAAUGGCGGAUAGAUUUGCCAGCCACUAGCGUGGUGAUCACCUUUCAUAACGAGGCGAGGUCUGCGUUGCUGCGAACUGUCGUCAGUGUCUUGAAAAAAAGCCCAUCGCAUCUUAUUAAGGAAAUCAUACUGGUGGAUGACUACAGUAACGAUCCUGAGGAUGGUGCUCUCUUGGGAAAAAUUGAAAAAGUGCGGGUUCUUCGAAAUGAUCGCCGAGAAGGCUUGAUGCGCUCGCGUGUCAGAGGGGCGGAUGCAGCCCAGGCGAAAGUGCUGACCUUCCUGGAUAGUCACUGUGAGUGCAACGAACACUGGCUGGAACCGCUUCUGGAAAGGGUAGCUGAGGACAAGACCAGAGUUGUGUCUCCUAUUAUUGAUGUAAUUAAUAUGGACAACUUCCAGUACGUGGGGGCGUCAGCUGAUUUAAAAGGCGGCUUUGAUUGGAACCUGGUGUUCAAGUGGGAUUACAUGACACCAGAGCAAAGAAGAGCACGGCAAGGAAAUCCAGUUGCUCCCAUAAAGACACCCAUGAUAGCUGGUGGGUUAUUUGUGAUGGACAAAUCCUAUUUUGAAGAACUGGGGAAGUAUGACAUGAUGAUGGAUGUUUGGGGUGGAGAAAACUUAGAGAUCUCCUUCAGAGUUUGGCAGUGUGGUGGGAGCCUAGAAAUCAUCCCGUGCAGCAGAGUGGGUCACGUAUUCCGCAAACAGCAUCCUUACACCUUUCCCGGUGGGAGUGGUACCGUGUUUGCAAGAAAUACACGCAGGGCAGCAGAAGUCUGGAUGGAUGAGUAUAAAAACUUCUAUUACGCAGCAGUGCCUUCAGCCAGGAAUGUAGCAUACGGCAAUAUUCAAAGCCGAAUGGAACUCAGAAAGAGACUGAGCUGCAAACCCUUCAAGUGGUAUCUUGAAAAUGUUUAUCCUGAGUUACGGGUACCUGAUCAUCAAGAUAUAGCUUUUGGGGCUUUGCAGCAGGGUACCAAUUGCCUUGACACUUUGGGCCAUUUUGCAGAUGGUGUUGUUGGAGUUUAUGAAUGCCAUAAUGCCGGGGGAAACCAGGAAUGGGCCUUAACAAAGGACAAGUCAGUGAAACACAUGGAUUUGUGCCUUACUGUUGUGGACAGAGCACCUGGUUCACUAAUAAAACUUCAGGGCUGCAGGGAAAACGACAGCAGACAGAAAUGGGAACAAAUUGAAAGCAAUUCUAAACUGAGGCACGUUGGCAGCAACCUCUGUCUAGACAGCCGAAAUGCCAAAAAUGGUGGUCUCACUGUGGAGAUCUGCAGUCCUUCUUUGUCACAGCAGUGGAAAUUCACACUGAAUCUGCAGCAGUAG